CCUUCAGUCAUUCGACGCUUUGCGCGUAGCAGAUUUCUCUCUCUCUCUUUCUCGUUCUCCGUCUCUGUCGUUUUUUUUUUGCGUGUGUGCGUGCCCCGUCCGUGUUCGCUCUGGCUGUAUACUUUGAAAAGCAGCCCCAGCUGCUUUAGCGCUGCUUCGCCUCUCUCGUGUGCAAUUUGCUAUUAUAGCUAUUGCAGAGCAGCGUGUAUAUACGUAUACAUCAAAUAAGAAUAAGUUGGAGGUGUAUAUGUCUCACUGUUCGGCGUGGUGAACUGUUGUUUUUUUUUUGUUUUCAAUUGUUGUAGUGUUAUCGGUGCAACGAGGCGUAAUUUGAUACAUAUACGCUCCAAGUGUAGAAAGCCGAACACUCUUCGCUCCUGGCGCAGAGGGAUACAAACUCGCAACAUACAUUUUUCCGACGUUUGUCAGAUCUUGUAAUAUAUACAUAACACAUAAAGCGAGGAGGCCUUUUAAAAAAGGGGGCCGCCGCCAAUAAAUACAUCUAUAUACAUCCGUAUCGUCGUCGCAUUCGUCAUCAUGGUCAUAAAAGUCUAUGUGUCGGGCAUCAGCGGCAACAAGGAAGUGAAGAAGAGACAGAUGAGGGUCUUGAUGAUUUUGGAGAGCAAGAGCGUCGAUUUUCAAGUGAUAGAUAUCACAGAACCUGGAAAGGAGGCUGAGAAAGAAUACAUGCAAGUUAAUAGUUCAGCUAGGGACAGCAAGUAUCCAUUACCUCCACAAAUCUUUAAUGAUGAAGAUUACUGUGGUGAUUACGAAGACUUUGAUAUGGCAAAUGAGAUGGAUGAGCUAGAAAAAUUCCUGAAAGGAGUUUCAUUUUUACCAGAGGAAAAUUCUGAAAACAAGUCAGAUAAACCACAGAAUGGAAAUGCUUCUAGUCGAGAGCCAUCAGCUGACAAAGACGGCACAGAUAAUAAUGGUUUGGAAGAUGGAUUAUCUGAGGCUGAUAAUGAUCAAAAACAAUCUGAAUCAGAAACAAAGGAAUUGUCAAAUGAUGAUUUAGACCUUGAUGAUGAUCAAGAAAAAAUGGACGAUGAUUCUGAAAAAAUAAAAGAAGACGAUGAAUAGAAUGUUUUUAUGCACUGGUUGCAUCAGCAUCAUGUUUUGAAGUAAUUGUGACCAAAUCUUCCUUUUAUAACGAUUUACUUCAUUUUUAUAAAAACACAUUUUUUGAGAUGAGGUAAAACUGCCAGCAAUACGUCCACACAAAUUCUUAGGGUUGACAUAAAAGUACUUUUGUGAAGUGCUUAUUUUAUAAACACAACUCUCCUCUGGUCAACUCUUAAUUAAGUUCAAACAUACUCGCUUAGUUUUUACUUUCAUAAUAUUUCUUUUAUUUCGUUUUAAGAACGAAAUUAUUAACAAAGAAAAUUAUAUAUUUUGUGCUCUUUGGUUUCAAUUCAAGGAAAAUUGUAUAUAGAAAUUUAUUCAUAUAGUAAUACAAAAUCAUGAAAACCGAUCUAUUUGUAAAAAUCACUUUGAUAGCUUAAAGAAAUUGUAUUUGAUUCAAGUUACAAGAGACUGCUAGCAUAUAGCAAGAAUAAAUGUUAUAAUGUACAUUCCUGCA